AUGCCUCGGCCGACCAAACGUCACUCGCAUUUACACUCGCUUAACCAAAAACGUUGCUCAGAUGAGAAUUUAGGAAGUGUAAUUGACAGCGAAUCGUCUGAGGAAGAGUUAGCGAUGGAAGUGGAUCAAAACGAAGAUAAAAACCCACUGAACUUCAAAGACAAAGUAAUGCUGAAUGACAUUUCUGAUUUAUUCGAACUAUGUCAAUCCAAAUGUCUCACAAAAUAUAUCACCUGUUUACUGUACAUGGCUAUGCGUCAUUUGGGUCUUAAGUGGAACGAUUGCCAUAAUUUUAUGAAAGAAAUUGGAGCCUUAACAAGUCAAACUGCUCACAAAUGGACUAGUAUAUUUAUUCACGGUGAUUUUGACGAAUUUUGUCACGAGAACAGAGGUGGCAAACGUAAAAGUGAAUUCUACGAUUCAUUUCCUGAACUAGAAGAACAAGCAAAAUUAUUUACACUGGAGCGUUGUUCGAGAAAAUCGGCAGAUUUCACAGCCAAUGACCUCGCUAAAUUCGUUGAUGACCAGUUUUAUUUGAUCACACAAACCGUGAAAGACGACGGUGCUCCGCUCGUUCGUUCUCCCGCAUCCUGUCGAAUUGAUUUGCGCCGUUGGGGUGCUCGUUUCGAACAGAAUGGAAAUCGCCCUUAUUUUGAGAGCCAUGAGAGAGCCGAUGGUAUCGAACACUGUGCCAAAUUUAUCGAUUUUUUUCUCGGAAGAAAAGACAAUUUCUGUACGAUAUCAGAUGAAGAUCAGCCGAUGUGGAAAAUGCCUAGCAAAAUGCCAGCUAUAAUUUUAUUUUGUGAGUACAUUUUGAGAGCUAGGUCUCUAAUUCCAUCUCCCUUUGCUUUUUUUCAAAUUAGUUCAUGA